GUGGGGUCCGCUGUUGGAGGUGUGCUCAUUUACUGCAGCUCCUCCUCAAUGAGUCAACCUGCUGCUCUUCCGUCUUAUAACCCCCUCAGCAUUCUGACUGCAUCUGCCAUUUUUUCUCUGCUGUCUCUUUCCUUCACACAUCACAACCAAAAUGGCAUCCGGAGUGCAGGUUGACGACCAAGUGAAGGACAUUAUCAACAACAUGAAAGUGGUGAAGAGCGAUGCUGAUGCAAACGAGCGCAUCAGACUUGUGAUCUUGGAAAUCAAAGAUGGUUAUAUUAAAGUGGAGAACAUCUACAGGGAAAAAGAUUUGAGCGUGGAGGACGACAUCUUCAAGUUCUUCCUGAGUCUGCUGAACAAAGAGAAGUGUCGUUACCUACUGUACGACUGCCACUUUGAGACUAAGGAGUCAAGCAGGAAAGAGGAGCUGGUCUUUGUGAUGUGGGCUCCUGAAACUGCACCCAUUAAGUCCAAAAUGCAGUAUGCUAGCUCAAAAGAUUCUAUUAAGAAGGUCUUGACAGGAAUCAAACAUGAACUACAGAUGAACGACCUCUCAGAUUAUGGAACCAGGGACCAAUUUGCAGAAAAAAUCUGCAAGAACGUUAUCAAAGUUGAAGGCCAUCCUGUUGGGCACUAAAUCUAAGCUUCAAGGAUUCCUCCUGUUUCUGAAAAUCCAUAUAAAUCUGAUCAUGACUGUUUCUAAUUUCCAAUUGAUUCAGUUUGUUUAAACUGGUCUUUAAACAAAAAACACUGAGCUCUGAGUCCAUUUUGUCAUAUCAAAAGUUUUGUACAUAUGGUUCAAAUUCUUGCAUGUUCCUACAGUUAAUAAGGUAUAUCUAAUAUGCUGUAAAAUCCCUUAAGGUUUACAAGCUCAGAGUGGCUAGACUUAAUGUUUGACUAUUACACAGUGGCCACUUGGAAGUACUGUACAUCUGUAUCUAAAAGAACUGAAAGUUCAAAGGAAAUCGGUAAAUGCAUUGUCAAAUAAAGUAAAUGAGAACUUAAA